UCAACCCUCCCCCUCUCUCUCUCUAAAAAUUCUCUCUCUCUCUCUAGAAAACUUUAUCGUAAUUUUAAGAUCAUUUUUUCUGAUUUUUUUCUACGAUAUAUUUUUUUUUCCUAAACUCCGAUGGCGCAGAAAACAGGGAAUGAAGAAACCGAAUUCAAGGUCGUACCUGAGAGCAUCGCGUUGUGCGUGAAAUGCGGUGUUCCGGGGAAUUCCGCCGCCAAUAAUCUAUGCCAGAAAUGCUUCAGCAGCACCACCGCCGAGGCUUCGACCUCCGCCGUCGCGGCGGCGCCUGCGUCUUCAUCCGGCGGAGCGAAGCCGAAAAGCCUCGUCUUCGGGGAGAAAUCGUUCAGAUCUAGAUCCUCCACGAGAUCCUCACCGGAGAGACGGUUGAAUCUGCCUGUAACGGUUCUAGAUCUGGAGAAAAAUCCUUCCGCCGUCGCCGACGCUGCGCCGCCGGCGAAGAGAGAAGUCAACCGUUGCACCGGUUGCCGGAGGAAGGUCGGAUUGACCGGAUUUAGAUGCCGGUGCGGCGAGCUUUUCUGCGCCGAUCAUCGGUACUCCGACCGCCACGAUUGCAGCUACGACUACAAAACCGCCGGCCGUGAGGCGAUCGCGAGGGAGAAUCCGGUGGUCAAAGCUGCGAAAAUAGUCAAAAUUUGAAUUUCGUGCCAAAAAAGAAAAAACAAGCCUUUUAUAUAUAUUUAUGCAGGCAAGCAAAUGAAAUUCGAUUAAGAAAUGAAAAUUUGGAACACUGUUGCUGCAGUUCCCUUCGCGCGUGGAGACGAAACGUAGAAGAUGGAGAUGGGAAGACUAUAAUAUAUGGGAUUUUAUAAUUUCUAUAUUUAAAAAAAAUUAUGGAAUUAAAUUUUCUUGUGACAGAGAUUAUGAAAUUUAUUUUAUCUCAUCUUCGAGUGAUUUUUUUUUCUUUUUUAUUUUUUAUAAAUUUUUUUUUUCUUCUCUCAUUUGCAGUUGAACUUUUUAUUAUUAAUAAUCAGUUUCAUAUUUGUAUGUA